UGCACAUGUUUAUCGUGAUUUUGAAUUUAUUUUAAUAUAUUCUUCGUUUUUCUUAAAAUAAUGGCAUUAUUAUUAGUCUGUUAUUAAAUAUUGAUAAAACGGCCCUGCAAGAUGAAGUUCAAUUAUAAGUUUAGCAAUUUACUGGGAACUGUAUAUAAGAAAGGAGAUAUAAUAUUUACACAAGAUGGCAACUGUGUCAUUAGUCCUGUGGGUAACAGGAUCACCGUAUACAACCUCAAACAUAAUAAAAGCAACACACUGUCUGUGGAAGGUCGCUUCAACUACACAGCUAUAGAUCUGUCACCCAGUGGGUCUAUGCUCUUAGCUGUAAAUGAGAAGGGUGAAGCACAAAUGAUCAGCAUGCUAACCAGUGCAGUAGUACACAGGUACAAGUUCAAACAGCAUGUCAAUGCUGUUAAAUUCAGUCCGGACGGAAAGUAUUUUGCUGCUUGUUGUGAUCAGACGGUGUUCAUAAUGACAGCUCCCAGCUGUUUCACAGGCGAGUUCCGUUCCUUCGUCAUAAAGCGUGUCUUCCAAAAGGCCCACGAUGAAGUAACUUGCCUCGACUGGUCCUCAUGCUCCAACCUCCUUGCUGUCGGUUCUAAAGAUACAACAACUAAAAUAUACACACCUGAAUAUUUAGAGAAUUUUUAUAUGUAUUCAUUGGGUGGUCAUACUGAUAAGGUUGUUGGUGUUUUCUUCGAGAAAAAGAGUUUGGACCUUAUUACAGUGAGCAGGAAUGGUCAGAUUUGUUUGUGGGAGGCGAGUAUUGAUUCGGAUGAUCUGGUAAUCUCGGAGGUACAGACAUCUCAUAGGAAGAGGAGAAAAUUGCAGAAGAAAGAGAAGGAGCAAGAGAGUGAUGAUGAUAUUGAUGAAAAGAAUGUUGUUGAAAAAGAUAAGGAAUAUGAGAGUGACAAUGAACAGGAUGCAGAAAUAAAUAGCAAUGAUAAAGAAGACGGCAACAGAUUGUAUUAUAAAAAACUAGGUAGACAUUACAUAGGCGAGGCGCUCAGGAGAUCCGACUAUAAGAUUAAAUUGACUGCAGCUCAGUACCACAAGGGCACUAAGUUGUUAAUCACAGGUUUCUCCAGCGGUAUAUUCUUUCUCCACGAGAUGCCAGAUGUGAACCUUAUUCACACGCUCAGUAUAUCGGAACACAGGAUCAGCAGUAUAGCAAUAUCACCGCCUGGAGAUUGGAUAGCAUUUGGAUGUCCGCAUAUUGGUCAACUGCUCGUAUGGGAGUGGCAGAGUGAACAAUAUGUAAUGAAACAACAGGGCCACUCUCUAGACAUGACCUGUUUCUCUUACUCACCCGACGGCCUCUACAUAGUAACGGGAGGGUACGACGGGAAAGUCAAGGUGUGGAAUACAAGCACAGGAUUCUGCUUCGUUACAUUCAGCGAGCAUAAGUCAUCGGUGACCAGUAUAGUGUUUAGUGCAAAUAAGAAGUUCUUUGUGUCAUCAUCACUUGAUGGUACAGUCAGAUGCUACGAUUUAACUAGGUACCGCAACUUCCGGACCCUGACUUCUACCACCCUGGUGCAGUUCAGCUGUGCAGCGCUGGACGCCAGCAGCGAGCUGUGCGCUGCAGCGGGCCAGGAUGUCUUCGAUAUCUGCCUCUGGUCCAUUAAGUUUGGAAAGCUUCUCGAUGUACUAGGAGGUCAUGAAGCGCCAGUAUCCAGUUUAUCAUUCAGCCCCACGCUGACAAGUUCCCGCCUUGCGUCCGCCAGCUGGGACAAGACAGUCCGACUGUGGGAUUGCAUCGAGACCAGCUCUGAAUGUGAGACCAUACAGCUCUCAUCGGAUGCGCUGCAGGUCGUCUUCAGGCCUGAUGGAGAAGAGAUUGCAGUCUCAACAUUGGACGGUAACAUUACCUUCUUCAACACAACGUCGAGCGAGCAGACGGGUAGUAUAGAAGGUCGUAACGACCUCGGUGCGGGACGAAGUGAUACCGAUCUUAUUACCGCUGCUACUAAUCUCAAAUCCAAAGCAUUUACAACUAUAUGCUACUCAGCGGACGGCAGAUGUCUGCUCGGCGGGGGUAACUCUAAGAACAUAUGCUUGUACAGUGUGAGGGAAGCGAUACUGAUCAAACAAUUCGUCAUCACGCAGAAUAGAUCGUUGGAUGGAGUCAACGAUUUCGUAAACCGGCGCCUAAUGACAGAGUUCGGUAAUAUGGCUCUGAUUGAGGAGAGGACAGAGCUGGAAGGUGGGCAGGUUGCCAUUCGUCUCCCCGGCGUCAAGGACGGCGAUAUGGCUGACAGGAGUGUAAAGCCGGAGGUAAGAGUGUACUGCAUUCGUUUCUCCCCGACCGGCGAGAGUUUCGCCGUCGCAACCACCGAAGGUCUCCUGCUCUACAGCCAAAAUGCUGGCAUCGACGGUACAUUUAGGCCCUAUCGGUUGGAGUCAGGUUCUACUCCUCAAAUGGUGAAGCAGCAUCUGCGAGAGAAAGCCUGGGGGAACGCACUACUCGGCGCAAUACAACUGAACGAACUCACUAUUAUACAGGAGUGCAUUGAAUCCAUACCACCUUCUGAUAUUGAACUUACGGUAACGAGUUUAGAAGAGGACUACAAUAGUCGUCUUCUAGAGUCAAUAGCGCGACUUCUAGAAGACAGUCGCCAUCUCGAGCACUUUCUAUUGUGGGUGAAGGCAGCGUUGUCAGGGAAGAGGAAGAUACCACCAAAUGUACUGCUCGCGUUGGAGAAAGUACUCACCGUUAAGUACUCGCAGUUGAGCAAAAUAUGUGAUUUCAACAAAUACACAAUUCGGUGUAUAAAGACAGUUGGAGAGAUGAGACCCAAACAUGAAGCGGAGGCGAUGGAAAUGAGCGACAAUGACUCCAGCGGCAGGGGAACCUACUCAGAUAGUGAUUAAACAAUUAUAAU